CCAUUGAGUCUUUUGAAUUUGUAAGUAGGAUUCGGGAGGUGACCGUUGUAGAGCAUCAGUUGUAGAGCAUCAUUUCCAAUUGUGUGUGUAUAGCCUUGUUCACGUCUGUUCAAGAUUAGCCAACCAACUAAUCGCGGUGGCCGAUUGCAUGUGGAGACGGAAUUUUUCAAGAAACUGUAAUUUCCGGGGUGCUUUUGUCCGACCUCAGGUGUGAUCUAAUGUCUGUAUAUUGUCCUCAAUUUCACUGCUCUAUGUUUGUGACUGGUCAAGAGAUGAACCAGGUGAUGACCAGCACCCCUAUGGAGGACCUGCAUCACAGUCCCAGUGAAGACCGGCCCUCCUACCAGAUCUUCCCGGACCCCUCAGACUUUGAGCGAUGCUGUAAGCUGAAGGAUAGACUGCCCUCCAUCGUGGUGGAGCCCACAGAGGGGGAGGUGGAAAGCGGUGAGCUGCGCUGGCCUCCUGAGGACUUCCUGGUUGGCGAGGAAGAGGAGGAGGAAGUGGGCGAGUGCGAGGCUGGACAGCCAGCUCCAAACUCCAAACACUAGAGGCACAACACACACUCACACAAACACGCAGACACACACACACACGUGUACGCACGCAUACACACGCAUACAUACGUGUGCACAUACAUACAUGCAUACAUACAUACACACACACACACACACACACACAGACUCCAUGUGGCCUCAAAAAGACAAAGAGCACCAUGCCCCCUCUCUGCACCAGUCACAUGACUCUAGAGGAAGAGAUUCUUCCUCAAAGCCAUCACCAUGGUGUCUUCCAUGGAGACUUCCACCUUCUUUUUUCCAUAUCUGUGUACAGUAUCUUUAUGAUUAUUGUAAUAUGAGUAUUCUGGUGGGAGUGGAACCUUGUCUAAGACAGAUGGUCAUUGUGUAUGUGUUUGCGGCUGUGGGUGGGUUUAUGUGAAUAUUUUGGACAGGGGACGGGGGUGGUUGAAGAGGGGGUGGUGCUGCACUGCAUCAGGAGCUGGAGGAGUUCAAGUUUGGUGAUGAAUGACACAAGAGGAGGUUGUGCAGAGCGGAGGGACCAUGGGAUGAGGGAGGGAGAUACUUACCUCCAGCUUGCCACCGUUUUCAUUCCCCAUCAUGUUUCAACCAACGUCCCUGCUGGCGGACAGCUUUAAUGUGGCUCACAGGAAGCAGUCCCAGCAUAAUCAGAGAGGCUCCCAGUAUGGUCACGCUGAGCAUUACUGUUUUCUCCAUGACCUCAUAGUGACGUGGAAAAAUUUGUGUUAAGAGUAGUGUUGCUGCGUCUAUCUGAACCUAGUGCACCAAAGGUUGUUUUAAUUAAUACACAAGCAAAGUAAAGAGUUUUAAUUUACCAGGCAUUUUUCUCAACUAGAGUUCAGAGUCCAUCUUGGGAAAUCCUUUCCAGUUGCGUCAAUUUUUUCUUACACUAAAGAUUGUGAAACCGUUCCAGGAAAUUUUACUUUUGGUUAAAUAAUCCAAUACUUUGUGAUUUGAUUUCUCAGAAAUAUGAAUUUCAUUUUCUGUAAGAUCAGUGACUCUGUAAUGGGCUGAUAAUUUCCUCAGAGAACAAUCUUUGGUACCCUAAUUUAAAUAGUUAAUGUCUAUACUGUAUGAAAGUCUAGCGGUGUGGUGUUAAAAUUGUUGAGUUUGUCACCUCUGUAAGUAGCCUGCCAUUUCUAACAGUGCUUUCAUUCCAUUUCAGUGCCAUUGUGACAAUUUUCUCAAGUUAUUGCAAGGUUACAGUGACAAGUACUGAGGAAAAAAACCUGUGUUCAGUACCUUUUUAUUUUAAACAUUGAACAUUAAAUAUUGAUAUUUAAUUUUGAACAUGUACCAUCUUAGUAUCACGAUGCAAGGCCUCUCCCUUCAGUUCCCUGUAAUCCAGAUGGACAGAUCCAUGCAAAAACACAGAGUUCAGCUUUAAAAAUCUUUCUCUUAAAACCCAUCUAAAGAUUUCAUCUUAAAAGAAAGAAAAUGCAAUAAGAUUAAUUUCUUAAACAUCCCAUAUUGUGUGAAUACAAUUCUGAUGUGUGGCUUUUGAUUAGCAUUAAAGCCUUCCCACAAUCUGUUAAGUGCUUUCAUAAACGGCAUAUAAACCUCAAUGUGACCUUGUAUUCAAUCUUCAAAGCUCUGGGCCCUGUCAUCUGGGAAGGUAGUUUAUGCAUGGUGAAAGUUCACUUUUCUGAGAAGAUAACAUGACCUUUACUGCCCUAGUAUUACCCUUUAAGGUGUUUUUUUUUUUUUUUUUCAGACAGUAGGAACCACUUGAUAUAUUAAAGGGAACUAAAGUUUUGGGGUUUUCCAUUGCACUUCCACCUGCUUGCACAAGUCUUUCCUUGUACAGAUGUGUGUGUAUUUUUGUCCUCGGUGUAAGUCUGUUUUUUUCUGAGUAAAAUCAAGAGUGUGUCCGUUUCCUCUUUUGGUUUGUUCUGCCUCUAUUUUACUAUUACGGCCAUCUGUGAAGCUCAGGGAGAUUGGCUGUCAUUUUUCUGUCACUCUUUCUGUUUCUGUCAAAGUGUCCGAGCACUUUCUCUGUUGUGAGAUGGAGGUUGUAAAUAAACGUUUGAAAGUUCUUUCCAA